GUUAUUAUUUUACCAUUAAAACCUACAAGUUUCUGCGAGGUCUCGGAUCCUAAGGAUUUUAGGAUUUUGGCCUUUCUCAAUCUGUCAUGGUAAUUCGGUAUUGUCAUUUUGUAAAACGAAAUAAUAAAACGUGCGUGCAAACUCGCUUUGCUGCUCUUUGAAGCUAUAAGGCCCCGUGGUGUGCGGCGUAUUAUUGUAUUGAAUUGAUUAAAAGGCAAGCCCCACGUUGUCAUAACUAUUCCUUAUCAUUUUAAAUACAUAAAUAGUUCAUCUCGAAUCUCAAUAACUCAGUAUAGCUGUAUUAACUACGGGCAACAGAGCGGAGUACAGUUGUCCGGUGCUGAUGAAAUCAACUAUUACACUUGAAGAAGUAGUGAAUAAAUUAGAUCACUUCGCGUUACCCCUAACAACCAGAAUGCCGAACAUCAAAGUAUUCAGUGGAAGCUCACAUCCUGACUUAGCACAGAAAAUCGUCGAUCGACUCGGCAUCGACCUCGGCAAGGUGGUAACCAAAAAAUUCAGUAACAUGGAAACGUGUGUGGAAAUAGGUGAAUCUGUUCGAGGUGAAGAUGUUUAUAUUGUGCAAAGUGGAAGCGGUGAAAUCAAUGACAACUUAAUGGAGCUACUUAUUAUGAUAAACGCUUGUAAAAUUGCGUCGGCGUCGCGAGUUACCGCUGUUAUUCCUUGUUUCCCAUACGCGCGUCAGGACAAGAAGGAUAAAAGCAGGGCUCCUAUAACAGCUAAAUUGGUUGCCAAUAUUCUGUCGGUUUCCGGCGCCGAUCAUAUUAUAACGAUGGACCUUCACGCGUCUCAGAUCCAAGGUUUCUUUGAUAUACCUGUUGAUAACCUCUUUGCUGAACCCGCUGUAUUAAAAUGGAUCAAGGAGAACAUACCAGACUGGAAGACGAGUAUUGUCGUGUCUCCUGAUGCUGGAGGUGCGAAAAGAGUGACGUCUAUUGCUGACAGACUUAAUGUUGAGUUUGCUCUUAUUCACAAGGAAAGAAAAAAAGCAAAUGAAGUUGCCUCAAUGGUAUUAGUUGGUGAUGUGAAAGACCGUACAGCUAUAUUGGUUGAUGAUAUGGCAGAUACAUGUGGAACUAUUUGCCAUGCAGCGGAAAAAUUGAUAGAGGCUGGUGCUAUAAAGGUGUAUGCCAUUCUCACUCAUGGUAUUUUCUCGGGACCUGCAAUAUCUCGCAUCAAUAACGCCUGCCUGGAGGCUGUAGUGGUAACAAACACAAUACCACAAGAAAGGCACAUGCAAGACUGCCCUAAAAUUCAGUGUAUUGAUGUCUCUAUGAUGUUAGCAGAAGCUGUGCGUCGUACUCAUAAUGGAGAAUCUGUCUCGUAUCUAUUUUCUAAUGUUCCAUAUUAGUUUAAUUUGUUAUUUAUUAAGUUUCCAGCACUGACAAUAUUUUUGAUUGUGUAUGGAUAUAAUUUUUACCUUGUUUAUGGCAUGCACCAUGUUAAUGUUAAAAAAUUUAGUUGAAUUUGACCAACUUUAUAACAAAAAUGUUUUUGUUGUACGGCAAUAUUCAAGAAUACAUAAUUGAAAUGGGUUUAAAUUUUACCUGCAGAUAAUUGCGAGCUCUAAUAAAAUUAACAUAAAAUCUUUGUUAAACCAUUUUGAUGUUUCUUUAGAAAUCCAGUCUGUUAAUAAAGAACCUAAAGUCUUAGUUUAAAUGCAACAUAACUUGGUUACUACAGGAAAAAAAAUUUGCUGCAAUAAGGUCACUUGUUAGUUUUAAUUUUCAUUUUUUAUUAGCAAUUCUAAAGUUUAAUUUUAUAUAAUCUCAUAAGUUAAAUGUAAGGUUAGCAUCUUAAUAAUCAUUUACAUUAUUUCAAAAAAAUAUAUUUUUCCUAAAUAUUUGAGUUUUUAAGUACUUUUUAAUUGGAAAAAGGAGACAAAUAACUUGAUAUAAGGUAAGAUUUCAUUUCAUUUUAAUUUGCAUUUAUGCAUAGGUUUUAGUGCAUAUUUUUUCAUAACUGACAAAUUUCAUUAUUCAAAAGACAUUUAGAUUUAUAAAUAGAUAUGUUAUUAAAAUAUUUUUAAUUAAUUUGUGUUUACAACAUAAUAUGGAUUAAAAAAAUUACAUAACAAAAUAUAUAAGGCUUAAAUAGCUUUGAAAAAAUAUCUUUAACACAUUCACUGCCAACUCCGGCAACUAUUUCAUGCUGAAAAAUCUUAGUGACAUGGAAUGUGUUUACUUGGGUACUAAUUGAUGUCUACUGGUUUUUUUUGAAGGAAUUAUACAAUUUUUUGUCAUUUCUUGAGUAUGGUUAGUAUUAACUUACCAGUGAAACUAGCUAAGACAAAUUAUUACUCAAUUACAUCUUUUAUUAUCCAGUUGAAUUUAAACAUUUUUGUAAUGUAAUUUGCUAUAAAAUGUUUCUAAUGCAUUGGCUGUGCGCCUGAUAUUUGUAAAGAGAUUUUUCUAAAUUUGUAGUACCAAUGUGUAUAUGGUCCAUUAUUCGAGAAUAUUUAGGUAAUAAAAAAGCGAAUUGCAAUUCUCUUUGA